UUGAAAACUAAAAUGGCUCCAACCUCUCUCUCGCUGAUGCGAAGGCACGCAGCUGCAGAAGCUUUGGUAUUCGUCUGAUUACUCAACCAGUAGAGUUUUUUCAGUCGGAAUGUCGAUCUUUGAGUAUAAUGGAAGUGCACUGGUGGCAAUGGUGGGGAAGAAUUGCUUCGCGAUCGCGAGCGACCGGCGGCUUGGCGUGCAGCUGCAGACCAUCGCCACUGACUUUCAGAAGAUUUACAGGAUACACGAUAAGCUCUUCAUCGGUCUAGCUGGCCUCGCCACCGACGCACAGACUCUGUAUCAAAGGCUAGUUUUCCGACACAAACUGUAUCAUCUAAGGGAAGAAAGAGAUAUGAAACCCGAAACUUUUGGCAGCCUUGUAUCUGCUGUUCUCUACGAGAAAAGGUUCGGUCCAUAUUUCUGCCAACCCGUCAUUGCCGGAUUGGGUGAUGAAGAUAAACCAUUCAUUUGCACUAUGGACUCUAUCGGGGCAAAGGAACUUGCCAAAGAUUUCGUCGUUGCUGGAACUGCAUCGGAAUCCCUCUACGGUGCCUGUGAAUCGAUGUUCAAGCCUGACAUGGAACCUGAGGAGUUGUUUGAGACUAUCUCACAGGCACUGCUAUCAUCAGUCGACCGAGAUUGUUUAAGUGGUUGGGGAGGACAUGUUUACGUCGUCACACCUACUGAAGUGACGGAGAGAAUCCUGAAGGGAAGGAUGGAUUGAUCGAUCGGGCGCUAACAAGAACUCGACGACGGUCUCGUUGUCGACAUUGAGCUGCGCUGGGAGUUGCCAUUCCUUGAACUUCCCCCAUUGCAGCUGUAUUUAGUAAUCCAAGCUUUGCAGCAUUGCUCAAAAAAGUUAUGUUUGAUUGUGUUGUUAAAUUUGCCUCAGAUAAUUUGGUAUGGAAUAGAUAAAAGCUGUUUGAACU